CGGGCAUGGCGCUCUUCCACGUCGCGCGGUACUCGGGCCCCGAGGCGGCCGGGGCGGAGAGCGAGGCGGGCGGCCGGGCGCGCGCGCUGCUGGAGCGGCUGCAGUGCCGGGCCCGAGAGCGGCAGCAGCAAAAGCAGCCGCAACAGCAGGAGGCCGCACGGACGUCGGAGGCGGCGGGGCGGCGGCGGCGGCGACCGCGCCGACCGCGGAGGCGCGAAGGCAGCGGGGCGCCGGGGAGCCCGCACGCGCCGCCAGGGAAGCGGCGGAAAGUGGACGGCGAGGACGUGGGCCCAGGGAGCAGCGAGGAGGCGCCGGGCGAGAGCGGCGCGGACGCCGAGGGCGCGGGGCCGCCGGAGCACCCAGGCGGACGGCCCCCGGGAGAGGCGUCGGGGCGUCCAGCCCACGCCCUGCUCCUCGGGGCCUUUGGGACAAGCAGGGCGCCCAAGGUCCAGCCUUUCCUGCCUUCGUGGUUGGCUGAGCCCAGCUGUGUUGGAAGGAGUGUCACUGAAGACUCGGUGCCUAUCGAGCACAUCCCCGCAGUGCACCCCGAUAUGCAGAAGAAGCUGCGGGCACACGGCAUCUCGUCCUACUUCCCAGUCCAGGCAGCAGUGAUCCCUGCCCUCCUGGAGAGCACAGCCAACGGGUUUCUGGUGGCCAGAGGUGGCUACCGGCCCAGAGACCUUUGUGUUUCCGCCCCGACAGGCAGCGGGAAGACUUUGGCCUUUGUCAUCCCUGUGGUACAGGCCCUGCUCGGUCGAGCUGUCUGCCAGGUCCGUGCCUUGGUUGUGCUGCCCACUAAGGAGCUGGCCCAGCAGGUGUGCAAAGUGUUCAACAUCUACACAGAUGCCACACCUCUGCGUGUCGCUCUGAUCACUGGGCAGAAGUCACUGGUCAAGGAGCAGGAGAGUCUCAUCCAGAAGACAGGAGACGGUUUCCGCUGCUUGGCUGAUGUGGUGGUGGCCACCCCGGGCCGCCUGGUGGACCACAUCGACCAGACUCCAGGAUUCAGCCUCCAGCACCUCCGAUUCCUGGUCAUCGAUGAGGCCGACCGCAUGAUAGACAGCAUGCACCAGUCCUGGCUGCCCCGGGUGGUGGAGGCAGCCUUCCCGAGCGAUGGUGCCAAGGACCCCUUUGUCCUGCUCCAGAGGCGGCAGCCCCAGGCCCCCACCGCUGCCAGUGUCUCUUGUCCUCAGAUGCCUCUGCAGAAGCUGCUCUUCUCGGCCACCCUGACGCAGAAUCCGGAGAAGCUGCAGCAGCUGGGCCUUCACCAGCCCUGGCUCUUCUCCACGGGGCUGGUGCGCAGAGACCCCGGAGACAGCGACGCAGACAGGGACUCAGGCGGGAAGUACGCCUUCCCAGCCGGACUCUCGCACCACUACGUGCCCUGCAGCCUCCGCACUAAGCCACUGGCCAUCCUGCACCUGAUCCUGGAGAAGGAUUUCUCAAGGGUCCUCUGCUUUACCAACUCCCGAGAAAACUCCCACAGACUCUUCCUGCUAGUCCAGGCUUUCGGAGGCGUGUCGGUGGCUGAGUUCUCCUCCCGCUGCGGGCCCGGCCAGAGGAAGGUGGUCUUGAAGCAGUUUGAGCAGGGCAAGAUUCAGCUCCUCAUCAGCACAGAUGCCACCGCUCGAGGCAUCGACGUGCAGGGCGUGCAGCUGGUCGUCAACUACGACGCCCCCCAGUACCUGCGCACCUACGUGCACCGGGUUGGAAGAACCGCCCGCGCUGGGAGAACUGGACAGGCCUUCACUCUGCUCCUCAAAGUGCAGGAGAGGAGAUUCCUGCGCAUGCUAGCGGAAGCCGGGGUGCCAGACAUGACGCGGCAGGACAUCCCCAGCGAGCUUCUGCAGCCGCUGGUCCCGCGGUAUGAGGAGGCCUUGUCCCAGCUGGAGCGAGCUGUCAAGGAAGAACGAAGGCAGAAGGCGCCCUGAAGGUCUCAGGGGACAGGCGAGCUGAGCCCCCUGCAGAGCAAACCCUUCCACCCUGUGCCCUCUGCUGGGCUCAGCCGCUUCCUUUCCGGAAAAAUCCUGAACAGCAGCUGCUGGAUACGGAGCAAAAGACAGAUUCCUUGGAUUUCAGAGGGAGCAGCCAGUGGAAAGGGCCUUCAUCCCCUGGCGCGCUGCCUCCUCAUGCCAGGCCCCAGACACGGUCGCUACAGCAGGCCUGGCGCUGGGCAAGCACAGGCCUGGGUGAGACGCUCACCGGGCAGCCUCUGCCCGGGGCGGGGAUCUCAUGACCGUGCUCACGUUACUGCAGAACUGACAGGGCAGCAUCUGGGACCCCAGGUGGCCUCAGGGUGUCUGCCACGCCGCACAUCCAUGAGCCAUUCCCGGCGCUGUCACGGCUUCCACGCGGGGCACAGCACACCACGCGGCUGGGGGUCCUCCCCACAGGGAUGGGACCUGGAAAACAGGCUUCAGAAGCACUGACCCGGCACUUGUGUAAGGAUUUUUGUCCAAAAUUAUGUGCUGAUAUUAAAACAAACUUGAAGAAACCAGGA